CAGACCUCGACGGCUUUGUUAUCUUCUUUCUUCCUUCUUCUCUCCUCAUCCACCUUCCCCCCUACCACACCACCACCGCCACCACCCCUCCCUUCACCUAAACUCAAACCCACACUCGUAUUCACCAUGAGAUUAGUCAUUCGCAAGGACUUUGAGGCCGUCUCCUACCACGUCGGUAAGUAUCACCCCUGCCCUCCUCCGAUCUUCAUUGCGCCCGUUCGCAGGCCCAUUGGCCCACCAUUGCCACUGGGCUUUUUCAUUUUUUUUAUUUCACUUUAUUUUUUUUCGCGAUUUCUUGGUCUCAAAGAUUCGUUGGUGCUCAUUUUUAUCUAUAUUGCCGAUCUUUAUCUAUCGCUUCCUUGCAGCCAAUCGUAUCACUCCUUCAUGUGGAGCAAUCUCUUCAAGCACGUCGACAUCCUUCCCGAGAAUGUUCACAUCCUCGACGGCAAUGCCAACGACCUGGAUCUCGAGUGCCAGCGCUACGAGGAGAAGAUCGCCGCCGUCGGUGGUAUUGAGCUCUUCUUGGGCGGUAUCGGUCCCGAUGGUCAUAUUGCCUUCAACGAGCCCGGCUCGUCCCUGAACUCCCGCACCCGUGUCAAGACCCUUGCCUACGAUACCAUCGUCGCCAACGCUCGCUUCUUUGAUAACGACAUUACCAAGGUUCCCAACCUGGCCUUGACCGUCGGUGUUGCUACUGUCAUGGACGCCCGCGAGGUCUGCAUCAUCAUCACCGGUGCCCACAAGGCCUUGGCUUUGGCCAAGUGCAUUGAGGAGGGUGUCAACCACAUGUGGACUGUCUCUGCCAUCCAGCUUCACCCACGUGGAAUGAUUGUCUGCGAUGAGGAUGCCACUCUGGAGCUCCACGUCAAGACCGUCAACUACUUCAAGUCGAUCGAGAAGGUUCACGAGCAGCUCAUUGGAUCGGACAACGUCGGCUUGCAGGGCGGUGUUCGCUCGUGGCGCGGUGGUGCUGAGUCCACCUAUCACCAGUAAAGGUGCUUAGGAAGGUCUUGCUCAUAUCCCCCACCCCGCCCCAUUUAUCCUCCUCCGUUAAUUGCUCUGUAAUCAAUCGCUGUUCAUCAUAUCUUCUUUCUUUCUUUGUUCUCUGUCAGUGAUCAACGGCAGAAGUCUUGUACAAAUCAAACCAUUUUUUCCAGCUAGAAAAAAAAAUGUCAUAAUAAACUUCCCCAAUCAAAG